AUGCAUCACGAGAUUGUCGCUCUUGAGAAGCAGCACCAGCCCCUCCCCGUCGACGGCUUCGCUUUUGCCCCGGGCACUACCUACAACCUCACAGCCUACGAAUCAACCUCGUCGCGUGACCAACUUCACCAACGCAUCCGCAAUGCCACCAUCAUUAUCGUGACGACAAUUAGAUUGGAUGCCGAAACUUUGCACCCCACCAUUACCCCCAAUCUGCGCUACAUAGCCGUCUCCGCAACAGGCACCGACCCAGUCGACCUCGAUGCCUGUCGGUCACGCAACAUUCGCGUAACAAACUGUCCGGGGGCUAAUCUGGACGCCGUCUCAGAACACGCCAUCAGCCUCUAUUUCGCUGCCAGAAGGCGCACCGUGUUGCUCGACCGCAUAACGCGAGCACAACCGAGCGAAUGGAAAGACAAGGGUAGUGUCAACCACUACAUGCGCCUUCCGGAUGGCAAGCCACCCAUUACGUGCAGGGACGAGGUCAUGGGCGUUAUCGGAUACGGUGGUCUGGGCAAAAGGAUAGCUGCAUUGGGCAAUGCACUCGGCAUGCGCGUACUGGUUGCGAGUCGCAAGACACCCGCCACACCUGCACUCAGUGACAUUCUUCCGGCCCCCGAUACAUCUGAUGGCCGCAUUCCUUUUGACGAUGUCCUCCGCCAGUCUACCGUACUCGUCUUGUCGCUGCCCCGAACUUCUGAGACGCUCAAUCUCAUCUCCACACAGGAGCUCGCCAAGAUGCAUCCAUACUCUGUCAUCAUCAACAUAGCGCGGGGUGGCAUCGUGCAUGAGGCAGCUGUCGUCCAGGCUCUCAAGGAGAAGCGCAUCGCCGGCUAUGCCACUGAUGUCUAUCAAGUGGAGCCUGCUGGUGGACCUGAAGAUACACCAUUACUCGAGGAGGAGACGAAGGAUCUGAACAUCACCAUGAGCCCGCACUUAGCGUGGUUCUCGCAAAGGACUAUUAAGAAUCUGGGGGACAUCUUGAAGGAGACAGUAGAGGGGUGGGUAAGUGGCAACGAGAUCAAUGUCGUUGUAUAG